GGGGCCACCUGAUUGGUUGCACUGCAGGGCGGAAGUGCGUCUGUUUCCCCAGCUGAGUGCUGAAAACAAAACAAGUCAAGCUGCGACUGCAUCAUGAUGGAUGAGCUGGUGCAGGACUUGGUGUCUGCACUGGAGCAAGCCUCAGAGCAGACCAAAUUAGGGGAGCUGUGGGAGGAAAUGGUCCUGAGUCCGUUGCAGCACCGACGGCAGAUUCGCCGCCGCAGAGGUCGGAAACGCCUUCACGAGUCCUCCAUCUAUCCUGUGGCUUGCAGGCGUCGCUGGAACGAAGCGCCUGAAUCUAGCAUGGAUGAGGCCAAAGAGUACAGAGAGAACUUAUCCUCCUCUUUUUCCACAGCUGUGGCAAACUACAGUGAUUCAGACGACAUGGCCACUGCCGACCACUGGCCUCAUGUUGCCAGGGCCCCUGUCAGAUCAACGGUCCCUGGCAGAUCCAGACAUCCGUCCUGGCCAGAGUCUGAUUCCUUCACUGAUAGUAAUCCAGGGCAGCCUCUCAGAAGGCGCAGGAAGGUCAAGCGUAUGAAUUCAAACAUGACAAUCAGACUUCAGCAGAAGCUACAUGACGGAAGGAAGAGGCACAGGCCUUCUAAGUUGCAACGUUUAUCGGGAUCUAGAAGAAGGUCAAGCAGUUGGACAGCAGCCGAGAGACAGGCUGAAGGAGGCAAAGUGAUGGGAAAGGAGUGUUGGAAAAGACAGAUGGCCAAGGAACGUAGAGAUGCUCCAGAUGAGAAUAUGUCUGAUGGGGAAACCAGCAGCACGUGCAGUAGUGACCCCGGUCUGUUCACCAAUGAUGAAGGAAGACAAGGUGAUGAUGAGCAGAGUGACUGGUUCUUUGAAGGGGACUGUGGAGUUGGACUUCUGCCCAACUGGGACUCUGACAACCCGCUUUCGCUGGAGGACAGACAACCCUCCAAUUUCCUCCUACCUGCGCAACGCUCUGUCAGAGGGUUUCAUUCACAUCUUAAACGACUGCCUUGCUCCACUGCCUGCUGCAUCAGACGGGACAGGCGGCGUCUUCCUAGAAAGAACAAUAACAUACCAGUGUUUGUGGAAAGACUCAGACAUUUCUCUGCAGAUCACAGCCAGAGAAAAUUUUGGCUACCACCUGUUGGAAAGCAAGACAGAAACCAGUUAAAUCCUUUGUGCCAAUUACAGAUGUGUCCCAAUGACAUGAUGAUGUCAGAGAGCUCCCAUCUCAGAUGUUCCCCCUCAGCCAUCAGAAACAUGCAGAUUAAUUUCGUUCCAGGAAUGUUGUGCUCAGCAGACGUGCGAAGGAAGAAAGAAGCAGAAGCUGUAUUCAUCACAACAUCAGCUAACAACCCAUUUCAUAAUGAUCACCAGAACGAAGGAGCGAAAGAAGGUUCGUUCAGUAACCCACCAAACGAAGAAACAGUAGGACCAACUAUACCCGGGUCUCCUACUUCUACUAAGCCUGCGAGUUCAUGUUUACUCCAGAGAAACCAUGAGGACACUUGAAGAAAGUUUGAAAGACUCAUCUAAUCCUUAAAGCUAUUGUGCCUGAGAAUGAAAUAACUACAACCCCUUUCUCCUCCACAAACUUUACAGUAAAGAAUGAAAAAAUACAAAGCACAUCAUUAGUCUUCAAAUCAGAAUGUUCCUGCUCGAUUCAGCCAUUCCAGGUAGUAUAUUAAGCAUGACAAAUGUUAAUGCAAUCAAGCCCUGUUAAGCCCUCCACCAUCUCCUUAAGGAACAUGGCAGCUUCAAGUGGGUCCUCGUUUGACUCAAGACUUUCCUGCUCUUCUUGUUUCCACACCGAGGCUCCAGGCCACCCGCCACUGCAUAAUCCAGUAAUUAUGUCCACUCCCAUAGCACAGCACUUGUCAGCAGGAACUUUGAAAAGUGUAGCCAGUUGAGGCUCAAUGGCCAGGGGGCGCCUGCUUCACUUUAAGGCAACUAACAAUGGCUGUAGAGCAGCUAGCUCUGAGGCAGAUGAACAUCACAAUGUUUAGCUGCCACAUGCUGUUGGAGGGUUAAGAGAGGCGACCACCGCUGGCGAGCCACACAAAGUACAGGCCUCCUAUUAGCAUGGAUUUGAAAAGCUACUGUUGCUACAAAGGUGCUCAUUAGCACAACACAGAGGGAGCGUAGUCACGGUCCUCCGAGGGCCGCCUCUGUUCUCUUCAGGUUACCUUCUAUAUUCAAAUAUCCCCAAACGGAUUUAAAGUUUAAGGCUGGCAGCAUGUCUGUUUGAAAAAUCCGAUUUUUUCUUUGCAGCGCUGGCUGAGUUGCAUUUAGAGCUUGAUGGAUUCCAGCAAAGAGGAACUGGAGAUGGAAAGAAAGAGAGUUAUAUUUAGUAUUUUCACAACCCCUUUGGCUAUAUAAUAUCCCAGUGCUAUCACUAUUUGGAUGCAUUUUAAAAUAUCAAUGGCAGCAUAUGGAGUAAACCAAGGAAAUAACAAUAAAAAAGCAAAUAAGUAGGAUUUUAAGUUGAUGAAUAUGCCUAAAAAGGAUAUAAAACACUUCAGUUUUUUUUUAUUAAUUUUAGUGCAGUAGCACUAUGUCACAUGACAAAUGUAGAAACCUCUACCCUCUAAUUUAAGUACAUAUAUUCAGCAGGAAAAGCUGUGUCCAAACUUUGUGUUGCAGCUUUUAGCAACAGUCAGUUUCAAACAUUUUACAAAGUUGGAUCGUACAGAAAGAGGGCUCUCUUGGAUUUUCUCUGCACAAUCUCUCCCAUUCGAUAUAUAGUACUAAGCCGCCCUUCUGCUACUUUCUCUUUAGCCCAGGCUACAGGCUUUUCAUCAGUCUCAGUACUAAGAUAGCAUUCGAAAAUUUAGAUUUUGUGUCCAAUUAAUGAUGUCUGUGUUGAUAUCCCUAAAUUAGUAAGGUUUAAAGAAGGACUUAAACUCUGACUUGAAGACAUUUUGCUCUUUGUUCAAAGAGCUUCGUCAUGAUUAAAACACCCUAAGCUGUUAUGGAAAGCUCUGUGUUUAUACUUUGAAGCUUUCUCUCCCUGGUACUUUCCAUGAGAAGAGAUCACUUGGGGCAAACGCUUUAAAAUAAUAAAAAUAACGCUUUAUAAUGUACAUGUAUUUAACAACCCUGUGGACAAUGUCUUUCAUCUUAACAUGGUUCUCAGCCUCUUUAAAAAGGAAAGAGGCCCACAUAAUCACAGAUGCUCUGCAAUGUUUAAUUUGCCAAGAAUUUUUUUUUCACGUAUUUUAUACCCAGAUGAAGUGUUUGUUACUAAAAUACAAAAUCUUGGCAUCAUCUGACAAAAUACAUUGUUCUGGCCAAAAUAAGUGAAGAUGUGGUACUUACAAAAAAGGCCUUCUCACUGCAUCCAAUAACCAGAUAGUACAUAAAUAGGCUGUUAUCUAUUUUACGACAUUUUAGUGUCUCAAAGAACAUCCAAGAAAUGGCUCCAAGACACGCGAUCAUACAAGCAGAGUCGCUGUCUUUGCCUUGCAACAGGCCACUUGGUCUCAGUUCAAAUCUUCAUUUUGAAUCCCAGUUAAAUUUAACCCAUUUCAUUUUUUUUUGUGAUGGUCUAACAGACAAAGUCUCCCCAGAACAACACUUCACUGCUCUUCCAUUAGUCCCCUCAGUGUUGCAUUCAGAUACACAAAAAGGUAAAAAAUAAAAGAUUAGAGAAAAAAAAAAGAGAGUAAUAUGAGUCCCUGUGUAGAGCGCACCACAGGCGCUAAAAGAUAUUGACAUUUGUGAAAUAUGAUAUUUAUACCAAAAAUAAACAAAGUCAUGGAUUACUGAUAUGGAGUUACUAAAAAUAGUUUAAAUCUAAAAAGCUCUCAUUACAUUUAUUUUAUAUAUUACAAAAGUAUCUAUGACACUGCCAAUAAACACAUUUUUUCCCCUCUUUACAUAAGAGAACUUAAAUUUAAGGUUGAAUUUUCCCUACAUUUCCAGUGAUAUAAUUCUGCUGCAAUUGUAUCUAAAUUGAUUCUAAGGUAUUAACCACAUCUUUUCCUGGGUUACCAGCAAAGAUUCCAGUUACUGAUGAAUUGCUUGUCAUAGAUGCAAACAACUUAUUUUGUUGAAGCAAGUCUAAGGGAUUUGGUUUACUACAUGCUUUUUUUUUUAACAAAAGUAAAUCACAUUUUUAAUCAUAAUAAAAAUUUACCGAUAAACACAACAGCUGCAUGACAUGUCUUCAGAAACUGUAAAGCAUUUUUAAAGAGAAGAAUUAAUUGCAUUUAAUAAAAUUAGAUUUGCUAAUUAAUGUGAGUUAUAUGUCUGCAGUAGUGGAUGUGAGAAGGAUUUAUGUGAUCAUGCUGGGGUGGGAUGACAUUUAUAAAUGCUGUGUGGGCACACUAUUUUAAAUGGAUGUCUAGCGCAAGACAUGCUGCAUAGAAAUCCGUCAGCGUUCAGAUCUUUCUAACCCUCACAGCCACUUCUGGUUCCUUCCUUUUCACAUCAACGAUACAAGUCUGAUAUUUUUUCACGUUUUCCUUUGCAGGAACAGGGGGCAACUCAAACUACCAGGGUAAACACUAAUAAUAGAAAACAGCCUUCAUAGAAAGAACUUUGAUCUAUAUCCAAAGUUUUAUCAGUUGAAACCCUUCAUAAUCUGGAUGAUAAGCAAACGGAAUUAGUUUUCUUUUUUAAAGCCACAUUUAAAGGUUUUCACUCACGUUGAAUAUUGCAGCAUUGACACAUAACUGAAUAAAAAUCAAUGUUUUGACAGAAGCCUUGAUGUCCAAUUUCAGUGUGAGCGGUAGAUCAGGUAGACCUAUUAAAACCACUUUUACAUAUACAAAUUUAAACAUGGUCAACCCUCCAUAAUUGUGUACAAUCAUGUUUGAAACUUUAAAGCUUUGAGCAUGGAUGAAAAUGUAUGAAUUUCCUCUUCAAUGUGAUUUUGUUUUUGUAUUGGAGGGUAACCCCUGUGAUAUAAUCAACUCGGUUUGAAAGCCUUCUAGUCAAGUUGACUAGAUCUCGUCCAUCCCUUUCCUAUACUCACAGUGAAUCAGUGCCCAUUUCAUUUGAAAUUUGUGGCAGAUGCAACUUUCCAUAAGAGUAGUGAUGAUUCUGGUCAAGUUAAAAUCUGUUGCAAUGUAAUCCUCAACCAUUUUAGCUAUAUUCCUGAAAACAGGAGUUUUUGAUUUCCUUUACUUUCACUCUUUUCCUCUCACUUGUUCGUCUUUGGACUAGGAAUCUGCAAAAUCUGCUUUAGUUUGACCUUUUCAUGGUGUUUGGAGCCUUUGCAAGUGAAGAAAAAAUCUGGAAUCAGUGCUGUGUUUGUACAGAUUUUGCUGAUUUUAAUUACAAAAAUGCAGCAGCAGAAGGAAUGUCUUGGCAUUAAUGUACAUAAUUCAUGUAAAUGUUACAAUUAUGGCUAUCAAGGCUGUUAGUUGUGUACUUAACUACAGUGGGGUCUAAAACAUCACUAGGUCAUCUGAUUUUGUGAUAAUAAUUAAAUGUAUGCACUUUGGGUUAAAAUACACAAACUCUCGUUCUAUAAUUUGAUUUGCAAAGCUGAACCAAUAGAUCAGAGUUCAUCCAAAAUUGCAACUUCCCCUCCUAGGUACAUUUUUUCUGGCGCAGAUUUCAACCUAGGUAGUCUGAUGUGGUAUGUGUUUCCUGCAUAGGAAAAGACAAAGUGGGCCAAAUAAUUAUUUCUUAAAAAUGCCCCAGUUCCUGCAGCGGAAAUGAGCAGUAGGUGCAUCAGUUCUAAAUGUAAAUCAGUCAGCAGCAGGAAAAGAACACCUGCUAUGGAAUAAUAAGCAAUCAGCAUAAUGAGACCUCGCCCAGACCUUAUACCUCAAAAUUAAUUUACAAUGGCCUGGAAAUAGGGGAAUGGCAUCUGUGGAGCUAGUCAAUUGUUCUGUUACAGUUAAGGAAUCCGGCAGGCUGGUUGCACUCAUAUUUCAUCCCAGGUAAAGAUUACCUGUCAGACCCAUGGGAGAUGUAUUGAUCUGUUUUCCUUUUUCUGGCAGCAAUCACCUGACAAAGGCACCUAGGAGGUAAAUGAAUGAGUGAUGCCUGGUUGGUCUGGCCCAGCCCGGCAGUUUCUGUUGUCCACUGAUAGGUUUUAGAGCUCAUGAGGAAGAGCAGCAACAAUGCUGUCAAAAACUCUGCUGGAAACUCAUCUAUGUGUGUAGAGUAAAAGCUCUAUGUGACACGGGUCGUAGGUCAAAGGAAAAUUUGCUUUUUAGCUUCUUUCUUGUUAGCGGUGUUUGUUCCUACUAUUUAGGCUAAUGUGUACUCAUCAUAAAAUUGUAUGCAGAAACAUCCCUCUGGUUCCCUAUAGCCGUUUCAUGGUGUCAACUUUGUUAAAGUCCCUUUGGAUUUUAGACAAAAUUCAGUUGGGUUAAACAGGCUUUGAAAGAGAACAUCCAAGCUGGUGUGGAUUCAUUUUUCCCCUCUUUCUAGUAAUUCUUUUUCUCAUUAUACUAUUGUUUCUUGGCAGCUAAUGUAGUUAUUUGUAAUUAUAUACUUGCCUUGUUAGAUAAAAUGUAUGUAUUAUCACUGACUUAAUGUAUCUAAGCUGUUUGCAAUGUACACAAAAUGUCUUGUGUUUAUGAUGUGAUCAUUUUAAACCUAAAAAAUGAGGAUUUAGGUACAAGGUCGUUAAAUGUAUUAAUGGAAUUACAGGAUAGAUUGCAUUGGAGAUACAUUACUUAAUACUCUUUUAUGCCAUUACAGGGAUUUAAGAAAAUCUUUGUGAUAUCACGGCUCCAAGGCAGCUAUCACUUUUGAAAAGUUGUGCAAAUUGCAUCUUAUCUCUUAAGGCUGCUAUCUUUAUGGAGGUAUGCCUAAUUGCUUUGCAAACUAUCUAAAGAGGAUUACUAAUCCUUCAGAGAGCACCUGCGCCCUAUUACGACACCUAAAAGACAUUUUACAAUUGUAGAAGUCAGUAUUGACCAAUUUAUGUAGUUGCUGCCUUCCUGGUUUCAUCACAUAGAUCUAAUGUAGAACAAUUGAAUUUGUUGGUUCCAUAAUCAUCAGUGAACUUUGUACAGCCAUAUAAAAUUGUUUUGAAAGGUUCUAGUUAAAACAAAGUUAUUCGUGUAUUUUAAAUGUUUUGGAAGCUUGACAGCUUCAGAAGUAUUAUGAUUUUUGUAUAAUAAAUGUCAGUAUUUAUGAAUUUUUAAAUGCAAUGAAUUUGUGUGUAAUAAAUUAGUUUUGGUGAUGUGAA